AUGUUCCCCGAGAUGAUCAACCGCUUGGUCCUUGACGGCAACAUAAACCCCAACGAAUGUUACCGUGGCCAUGACUACGGGCAGUUUGCCGACGCGGACAAAGCGUUGAGUGCCAGGUUCAAGUCCUGUGUCACCAACACAGCCACGAGUUGCGCCCUGGCUCGAAGUAACAAGAACACAAGAGCUACUCAGUCGGAAAAGAUGGUGUAUACUCUAUUCGACGACCUUAAUGACCACCCCAUACCCUUCAAUGACACCCUCAUCGACUACUCCAUGGUCAAGACCCGGAAUCUCAUCCGCUUUACGGAAAGCUGGGACAUCUUGAAGAAACUUGGGUCCGGAUCUGACCUCGAAGUUGAAGCGAUGACUGCCAUUUGGUGCGGUGAUAAGAGUCCCAGGGUUGGAUCGCUGGACGACUACCUACCCAUCACGGAGCGCCAGUUCAACGAGAGCAGGUUCCUCUGGGAUAGAAUCCCCGCCAAGGAGCAGUAUUCCGGCGGCUUCAAUGUGAAGACGAGACACCCUAUGCUGUUCCUCGGGAACACGGCUGAUCUGGUCACGCCGCUCGCCGCCGCCCGGAAUGUUUGGGGGGAUGUGAUGACGGCCUACUUUGCCAACGGGACUUCGCCUCGGGCGGGAACAGUUCGCGAAUUGGACCAGCCCAUCUUUCAUUAA